GUUUCUCCUGUCAGGGAAGGAACCUUUCCAAAUGUCAGAGCGGCUCCUAACAACAGCAUUGUCCCCUCCUUCCUCUGCCACCUCCUCCCUUCACCUCCUCCGCGCACCAUAGCUGCUGCUUCUUCUUCAUAUUCCUUACUCUCUCGCCGAAGGGUUUUGGGGUUCAUCGCCGGUGGUGAGCUGGGCUGAAGUUCUCUGGCCGGAAAAAUGGGAGCUUUCCGGCGACAGCUGAAGGCGAUGCUCAGGAAGAACUGGCUCCUCAAGACCCGUCACCCCUUUGCCACCGCCGCCGAGAUUUUGCUCCCAUCGAUCGUCAUGUUGCUGUUGAUAGCGGUUAGAACUCGGGUAGAUACACAGAUUCACCCAGCUCAACCGUACAUUCAGAAAGACAUGUUUGUGGAAGUUGGUAAAGGAAUAUCCCCUAAUUUUCAGGAAGUUUUGGAAUUGUUAUAUGCAAAAGGAGAAUUUUUGGCCUUUGCUCCAGAUACAAAAGAGACAACAGAGAUGAUUAAAUGGAUUUCCUUGAAAUUUCCAUUGCUGAAGUUUGUCAGUAAAGUUUACAAAGAUGAGCUGGAGCUGGAGACAUACAUACUUUCUGACUUUUAUGGAUCAUGCAGCCAAGCCAAGAAAUGCUCAAACCCCAAAAUCAAAGGAGCAGUUGUAUUUCAUGAUCAAGGCCCUCGGUUGUACGACUACAGUAUACGCUUGAACCAUACAUGGGCUUUCUCGGGGUUCCCUGAUGUUAAAUCUAUCAUGGACACAAAUGGACCUUUCCUCAAUGACUUAGAAUUGGGCGUCAACCCCAUACCUACGAUGCAGUACAGCUUCAGUGGAUUUUUCACUCUUCAGCAGGUGUUAGAUUCAUACAUAAUACUCGCUGCUCAGCAAGUUCAAACUAAUGAAGUUUCUGAAAGGGUGGAACCUUUGUCAAAGACACAUGAUAGACCUUCCUCACUGGAGCAGUCAUGGAUGGAAUAUGUCCCUUCCAACAUAAGGAUAGCACCAUUUCCAACUCGUGAAUAUACCGAUGAUGAGUUCCAAUCGAUUGUCAAAAAUGUUAUGGGAGUAUUAUACCUUUUGGGAUUUCUCUAUCCAAUCUCACGUCUGAUCAGCUAUUCUGUGUUUGAGAAGGAACAAAAAAUAAAAGAAGGUCUCUACAUGAUGGGACUGAAAGAUGGGGUCUUCCAUUUAUCUUGGUUUAUAGCUUAUGCUUUCCAGUUUGCCAUCUCUUCAGGGAUCAUUACAAUUUGUAGCAUGGGUAGCCUUUUCAAGUACAGCGACGAGUCGGUGGUUUUUGUGUAUUUCUUUUCUUUUGGACUCAGUGCAAUCAUGAUGUCAUUUUUGAUCUCGACAUUCUUCACACGGGCAAAGACAGCUGUUGCAGUUGGUACCCUUUCUUUUCUGGGAGCCUUCUUUCCUUACUACACUGUCAAUGAUCCAGCUGUUCCCAUGGUAUUAAAAAUAAUUGCCUCUCUGCUUUCACCUACGGCCUUCGCUCUUGGGUCAAUCAAUUUUGCUGACUAUGAGCGUGCUCAUGUUGGGCUCCGUUGGAGCAAUAUUUGGCGGGCAUCAUCUGGUGUGAACUUUUUGGUCUGUCUCCUGAUGAUGUUGCUUGAUUCUCUUCUGUACUGUGUAAUUGGUCUUUACCUGGAUAAGCUCUUUACUUGGGGCGAAAGAGUGCUUUACCCUUGGGACUCCAUGUGGGGCAAGUGUUUCAGACGGAAUAAAUGUAGUUCAGCGCUCACAACUUCUACCAUGGAACCAAAAAGCUCCAUGAAAUAUAACCAGAGGAAGGUGGCUGCAUUGGGAAAAGAUAUUUCCGAACCUGCUAUCGAACCAAUAAGCUUGGAUAUGAAACAACAAGAGGUUGACGGCAGGUGCAUCCAAAUUAGGAACUUGUGUAAGGUGUAUGCCACGAAUAAGAGAAAAUGUUGCGCGGUUAACUCACUGAAGUUAACACUAUAUGAAAACCAGAUUCUAGCUCUUCUAGGACAUAAUGGAGCUGGUAAGAGUACUACGAUAUCAAUGCUUGUUGGCCUUAUUCGUCCUACUUCAGGGGACGCUUUGGUAUUUGGGAAAAAUAUUAGGACAGAAAUGGAUGAGAUAAGGAAGUGUUUGGGAGUUUGCCCUCAGAAUGAUAUCCUUUUCCCUGAAUUGACUGUGAGAGAACAUUUGGAAAUGUAUGCUGUUCUGAAAGGUGUGGAGGAAGACCAUGUAGAGAAUGUCGUGUCAAAUAUGGUUGAUGAAGUGGGUUUGGCUGAUAAAGUCAACACCACUGUAAGGGCUCUCUCUGGUGGCAUGAAGAGGAAGCUGUCUCUUGGAAUUGCUCUGAUAGGAAACAGCAAGGUUAUUGUACUUGAUGAACCCACAAGUGGAAUGGAUCCAUAUUCAAUGCGAUUGACAUGGCAGUUGAUAAAAAAAAUUAAAAAAGGCAGGAUUAUUCUGUUGACAACACACUCUAUGGAUGAAGCAGAUGAACUUGGAGAUCGAAUAGCUAUUAUGGCUAACGGCUCAUUAAAAUGUUGUGGAAGCUCCCUUUUCCUGAAGCAUCAAUAUGGUGUUGGUUACACUCUCACUUUGGUGAAGUCGGCUCCUACUGCCUCUGCUGCUGCUGAUAUUGUAUACCGUCACAUUCCAUCAGCAAUCUGUGUCAGUGAGGUUGGAACUGAGAUUUCUUUCAAGCUUCCUUUAGCUUCAUCGCCUUUCUUUGAGGGUAUGUUCAGAGAAAUUGAAAGUUGCAUGAUGAGAUCAACCUCUUCGUCAGUAAAAGGCAGUUCUGAGGAGUUACUUGGCAUAGAAAGCUAUGGCAUCUCCGUGACAACGCUGGAGGAGGUAUUCUUGAGGGUGGCAGGGUCUGAAUGUGAUGAAGCUGAAAAUUUUGUCCCUGGGAAGAGUGCUGUUUCACCUAAUCCUGUCAUAUCUCAAGCUUCAAAUGAUCAAGCUCCGAAACUUCUUUCCCAUAACAAAGUCUAUGGAAGUUACAAGAAGGUUCUUUGGACUCUUUGUGCCAUAAUAGGGAGAGCCUGCAGAUUAAUUGUUGCUACAAUUCUCAGCUUCUUGAACUUUUUGAGUAUGCAAUGCUGUAGUUGCUGUCUCUUUUCAAGAUCUAUAGUUUGGCAGCAUUCUAAAGCACUAUUGAUAAAGAGGGCCAUAUCUGCUCGGAGGGAUCGGAAGACAAUCAUUUUCCAGCUUCUGAUUCCAGCUGUUUUUCUAUUGCUUGGUCUUAUUCUUCUUACGCUUAAGCCGCACCCCGAUCAGCAGCCACUGACUUUUACAACUUCACAUUUCAAUCCGUUAUUAAGCGGAGGAGGUGGCGGUGGUCCAAUUCCAUUUGAUCUAUCCUGGCCUAUUGCAAAUGAGGUUGUCCCAUAUAUUCAGGGAGGACGGAUCCAAAAAAUUAAACCAAGUUCAUAUAAAUUCCCUGAUGCAGAAAAGGCAUUAGCCGAUGCUGUGGAGGCCGCAGGGCCUACUCUGGGACCGGUUUUACUUUCUAUGAGUGAAUUUCUCAUGUCGAGCUUCAAUGAAUCUUAUCAAUCAAGGUAUGGGGCAGUUGUGAUGGAUGAUCAGAACGAUGAUGGAAGUAUCGGCUAUACAGUACUGCAUAACGGUUCUUGUCAACAUGCAGCUCCGACAUUCAUUAAUUUAAUGAAUGGUGCAAUUCUUAGACUUGCUACUGGAGACAAAAAUAUGACUCUUCGGACUCGCAACCAUCCUCUUCCAAUGACCAAGAGCCAGAGGUUGCAGCGUCAUGAUCUAGAUGCCUUCUCCGCUGCUAUCAUUGUGAACUUAGCAUUCUCAUUUAUUCCUGCCUCAUUUGCUGUUUCCAUUGUGAAGGAGCGUGAAGUGAAGGCUAAACACCAACAGCUGAUUAGCGGGGUCUCUGUUCUUUCCUACUGGACUUCAACUUAUAUGUGGGACUUCAUCAGCUUCUUAUUCCCUUCAUCAUUUGCAAUAGUUCUCUUUUACAUCUUUGGUCUGGAACAAUUCAUUGGAGUGGGCCGCAUACUUCCAACAGUUCUCAUGUUUCUGGAAUUUGGAUUGGCAGUUGCCUCAUCAACAUAUUGCCUCACCUUUUUCUUCACUGACCACACCAUGGCUCAGAAUGUGGUACUUCUGGUUCACGUUUUCUCUGGUCUUAUCCUUAUGGUUAUCUCAUUUAUCAUGGGGCUUAUUAAGUCAACAGCAAGUGCCAACAAUUUGCUCAAGAACUUCUUCAGAAUAUCACCAGGGUUCUGUUUUGCUGAUGGACUUGCUUCACUCGCUCUUCUUCGGCAAGGCAUGAAAGAUAAAUCUAGUGAUGGUGCUUUUGAUUGGAAUGUCACUGGUGCUUCUCUCUCUUACCUUGGCCUUGAGAGCAUGAUUUACUUCACUUUGACGCUUGGGCUUGAAGUCCUGCCACUUCACAAGUUGAAUUUGGCUGUGAUCCAACAAUGUUGGGGAAAAUUUAGAAGAAAUCGCUAUGUUAAAUCAUCUAGUUAUUCUGAGCCACUCCUGAAAUCUUCAGAAACUGCUUCUGUUGAUAUUGAUGAAGACAUUGAUGUAUUAUCUGAGAGGAAGAGGGUCCUUUCAGGUUCCACAGACAAUGCGCUCCUCUAUCUACGCAACCUUCGGAAGGUAUACCACGGGGGAAAGCAUCAUAGUGCAAAAGUGGCUGUUCAUUCUUUGACCUUUUCACUUCAACAAGGAGAAUGCUUCGGCUUUUUAGGAACAAAUGGAGCGGGGAAGACCACAACACUGUCAAUGCUCACUGGAGAAGAGUAUCCCACUGAUGGAACUGCUUUCAUAUUUGGAAGAGACAUACGCUCAGAUCCUAAGGCUGCUCGUCGCCAUAUUGGUUACUGCCCACAAUUUGAUGCACUGUUGGAAUAUCUAACUGUCAGAGAGCAUCUCGAACUUUAUGCAAGAAUAAAGACAGUUCCAGAUCAAAGGGUACAUGAUGUUGUUAUGGAAAAGUUAAUGGAGUUUGACUUGCUUAAGCAUGCUAAUAAACCAUCGUAUUCCCUAAGUGGGGGUAACAAGCGCAAAUUAUCGGUUGCAAUUGCAAUGAUUGGAGAUCCUCCCAUAGUCAUCCUUGAUGAGCCUUCUACGGGUAUGGAUCCCAUUGCCAAGCGAUUCAUGUGGGAUGUCAUAUCCCGUCUAUCAACAAGGCGAGGCAAGACAGCAGUAAUCUUAACAACUCACAGCAUGAAUGAAGCUCAAGCACUCUGCACACGCAUCGGAAUAAUGGUCGGAGGCAGGUUAAGAUGCAUAGGGAGCCCUCAGAACUUGAAAACGCGGUUUGGGAAUCAUCUUGAGCUGGAGGUCAAACCUACUGAAGUCAACCCUGAGGACUUGGAGAACCUUUGCCAAAUCAUUCAGGGGAGGCUAUUCAACAUUCCUCAACAGAGGAGCUUACUGGAUGAUCUGGAAGUUUGUAUCGGGGGCAAUGAUUCCAUUACAGCGGAAAAUGCAACAGUAGCAGAGACAAGUAUGUCACAAGAAAUGAUAACGACAAUUGGCCGCUGGCUUGGAAAUGAAGAGAGGACGAGGGCACUUUUGUCUUCAACGAAUGCUGCUGGUGGGGCUGCUAGCGAGCAGUUAUCAGAGCAGUUGUUUCGGGAUGGUGGUAUACCAUUGCCUGUAUUUUCCGAGUGGUGGUUGGCCAAAGAAAAGUUUGCAGUCAUAGACUCCUUUGUCUUAUCUUCGUUCCCUGGGGCAACAUCCCAAGGCUGCAACGGCAUGAACAUCAAGUAUCAGUUGCCUUAUCAAGAAGGCCUUUCAUUGGCAGAUGUUUUCGGGCAUCUAGAGAGAAACAGAAAUCGCCUGGGAAUAGCCGAGUACAGUAUAAGUCAGUCGACUCUCGAGACCAUAUUCAAUCAUUUUGCAGCUAACCCAUGAGUCCUUUUCUUUCUCCUCGUAUUGGAUACGACCCUUCUCGCUCGGUAAUUCAUCCGCAGUGGGACCAGAGGAUGUGAUUGUAGAUGUAGUAGAAUCUAUAGAGCAGGUAGGCUCAUAAUUUUGAAUCUUGAGUCCCUAGGCACUGUACAUGGACAAAAACUUCAUACUAAAAAUGGUACUGUAGAAAUACAUAUUGUUAAACUUACCCGACCUAUCGGGCCAAUUCCUCUCGAUUUGCCAUCUAACUAUGAAUUUCUUAACAUUUCUACAAUGAUGUAAAGAAAUGAGGAAGACGAUAUAUGAUAGAUAGCAGCAGCUAACAGUUAAAAGCCA